UUGUUCUUCGUUUUUUAUGCAUGAUCUAUAUAAAAUAUGUCGAGACGCUUUUCACGGGUAUUUGUUUACACCUUGGAAGUGCGGGAAAAUGUCAGUGACGUCACUCUAAAUCUGGAAAUCCCCACUACUAUCAGCUGAUCAGUGCAAUGAAACUGUGUUACACUGAAGUUACAGUCUAUUCGAAGGCAUGACAUCUGAUCAUGUUAAUCUAUAACAUUUACCAGACUGCAGGGACGUUGAAUAAAUAGCCUUUUUGGUACAUUAAAAGGAAAUAAAACGUUGAAAUCAGAUCCUUCCAUACAUGUAUGAGCCCCACAACGAUCUUACAUGCAUCUUCCAGAAACAGAUCCCUCACAAUUAGAGCAUCAAGAACUAGAACAACCCCAAUCAUUAGCUCCUAGUUAUAUACUUAGAUUUUACACAGAUGCUGAUCUAAAGUGCAAAGUGAGACCAGUAUCUCCAUCCUCCUCUCUCAGGAGUAGUACACCUAUAGGAAGUGAACUUGAUGAAGAAGAUUUGCAGACGGACGGGUAUGAAAGUGAUGAUUCUGUGUCAUCAAGUCAGGAAUUAACUGCCCCACUAAUACUAAGUAUGUUGACCAGAAAUCCAGGAGAAUGUGAUAAACCUAUUGUUUGUCCUAUACCAGGUUGUAAAAAGAGCUACAAAAACAUUAAUGGAAUGAAGUACCAUGCGAGGAAUGGCCAUAAAAAAGAUAUAGGAUUCAUUCAGAAGGCAUAUAAAUGUGAAUGUGGUAAAAAUUACAAGACAUUACAUGGGCUGAAAAACCACAACUCAAAUUUGCACUCCUGUGAUUCAUUGACAAUGAAAUCUGUGACAUUGACCAAAACAAAGGACAUGCUUAUAGCAACACAGAUAUUUGCACCAAGGGUCUUGAAAAAAGAACCUGCAAUUAAACAUGUCAGCAUGGCACCGAAUAUCAUAAGACAGACAUCAACUUCUUGUCAGUUUACAAAUAUCUUAAAGUUGAACAAAGAUAUCAGUCAUGAAAAAUUGAAAUCUCCUGUUCUUAGUAUGAAUUCAAUGCUGACUUCGGAAGAUGUACAUGUAGAUGUCAUGGAAACGUCAUUCCUGGAUGAAGAAAGUCAGUCUUUUAUUACAUCAGAACAAGCUAGAUUCCAGUGAAUUUACAUUUUGAAAUGCUGAUUACCAUUGUAUAAGUUUCAUUGCAGUAUUUGUCACAUCUCAGGUGUAAAUCAAAGAUUUGAUAUCAAGGGUAAUCUUAAAAUAUAAUAUGUCUUUCAAACAAUUUAUGUAAAACCAAAGUGCCAAACUUUUUCAUUUUCAUUAAGUGCAUAUCAGAUCAUUUAUUCAGCAAAAAUUAGUCAUUUCAUUUAUUUACAUUUAAUCAUUACAUUUUUAGUUCAUUAUUAACACAAGAUAACUUUAUUUUCAUUUUUUGUUUAUUCUGGUCAAAUGUCAGUAUCAUCAGUUUAUUUAUUCAGUCAAAAUGUUACAUGUAAAAUUCUCAUCUUUAUUUUCUUAUAUUUUAGAAAUUUCUAAGGAAAUUCAAAUAGUAAAAACUUAUGAAAUCCCUUAGUUAUGUAUAUUAUUAAAUACAAUGAAAAAUUGAUUAUAUUGAUUCAUUCCAAUGUUUGACAGUUAUAUUUACACCAUUCCAUUCUGUUAAUAAUAACAUUUAGGUAUUUCACAGUUUUUGCAAUAUACAUGUAAUAAACAUUAAUAUUUGUCUAAGAACAAAAUGAGCUCCAGUUCACACAUGCUGAAUCAGUUAAAAAUCUCUCAUGCAGUUGUUGAAUGAAUCACUGUUGAAACAGGGUGCUUUAGGGUUACAACAUGUCUUAUACUGUAUGCUGAAUAUACAUAUUCAUAGUGAAUCAUCCACGAUCACAAGCUUUCAUUGAAAAAUCCCUCCCUAGAAAUCACUUAAGACUAGAGAUUCUUUUUGCUGAUUUGUUUAAAUCACAAACAAUUUAUUUUACCUGCAAAAAAUAGAGAGAAAAAAAUUAUUAAAGGGAGGGAGAUAAUUAAAAUCAAAAUU